AUGAGAUGGAAUUUAUCAAAGACUUGCCAGAAGGCUUAAGAAGAGAUAUUAAGCAUUAUCUUUGCUUAGGUCUCAUAAAAAAGAUAAAUGGGGUUAAAGUUCUCCAGACAUGGGCUGCCUAGGACUGGAGACCCGGGCUUAGUCCAUGUCCACAACAAACUGAUCAAUUUUCUCUCCACAAGUUUCUACAUACGUAACCUGGUAUCAAAGCAGAGGAGGAGAAUGAUAGUUGGCGGUUAUGAUCUCGAUAUGACUUACAUAACAGAUAGGAUACUGGCAAUGUCGUUUCCUGCUGAACGCAUGCGAUCUGUGUACCGAAAUCCUUUAUGGCAGGUUAAGUCUGUGCUGGAUAUGAGACAUCCGGAGCAUUACAAGGUCUAUAACCUAUGCAUUGAAGAAGCUUAUGAUCCAUCACACUUUCAUGGUCGUGUGGAGAGAUUUCCAUUUGAUGACAACCAUGUCCCACCUCUCCCAAUGAUCAAGGAAUUCUGUGAAGAUGUAUAUUCGUGGCUAUCAAGUGACCCCAGAAAUGUUGCAGUCAUACACUGCAUGGCAGGAAAAGGCCGAACAGGCUUAAUGGUUUCUUCAUAUUUGGUUUACAUGGGCAUGUCAGCAGAGAAGGCUCUGCAGGUGUAUGGAGAGAAGCGAACCACGAACAAUGAAGGAGUCUCUAUACCAAGCCAGCGUCGCUACGUCAACUACUGGGAGAAACUACUUUCUUUUCCGAAGAGUCUUCAACACGGCCCUCCUGACGUGAACUUGCCCAAGCCAGUGACAAGAGAACUUAUAAGAAUUCGACUGUAUGACAUGCAACAUGUCGAUUCUGUAUUCUGCGUGGUCUCUGAGCUGCAAAAUGUUCAUGGUGAGCGGUAUUAUCGCCCUGUAGAAGUUUCCAAGAGUUGCUGCAGAAAGAUCAAGGAUGGAUUUCAGCGAACAAACAGGCCACGAUAUUAUUACUCCUUUGUUGACAAAGAUAACGAGGAAACAGAUGCAGACAAGCGGGAAGCUCAUUUGGUAGCACAAAUGGACACAGAAUGUUCAAUUCUCUAUAGGAAAACCUGUCUUGGCUGCUAUUAUGAUAAUCCAGUACGAGUCACUGGAGAUGUUCGCAUAAUAUUCUAUGAGAAGCUGAUUGGGGGGCGUCUCUUCUAUUGUUGCUUCAAUACAGCGUUCAUCAAAAGCAGUCUACUCCAGUUUACUUUGUCGGAUUUGGACAAGGUUGGGAAGAAAGGUAGGUCAAUAAGCGGCCCUGCGUUCUGCUUGGAGUUGUUCUUCGGUCCUGCAAAUGUCAGCUGCUGCUGCAUUCCUGGGUCAAAUGAUGCUGAUCUCUGUGAUUAUUAUUAACACGAGGAUUUUAUCCUUUUUCCUUUGGAAGUGACGUCUUCCUGAUCGACCUCCUUAAAUUUCCUCAUUUCUUGUAGCAGUAAUUCUUCUUUUGCAUUCCUGCCCUCCUCCUGUCCCGGGCAAAUGGAGAAAGCAAUUCCCUGAGAUGUUACUCCCAAGUGAUGUGGGCAUUAUUGGUCCAUGCUAUAUAGGUGUGCUUCCGUCUAAGUUUUUCAUCAUGGACGGUAAUAGCUGACAAGUUUUGUAAUUAGAAUCUACUACUUACGGAGAUGAUUUUGGUUGUACAGGAAGUUUUUUAUCCAUCUCCUCAGAAUACACUCUUGGUAGCACAUAACAAUGAUCAUCCUUGGAAUAUUUCUUUUUUCCCCUUGCAAUGCAA